AUGACUACACUAUCUAAUAUGUGGAAAGAACUUCCUGAUUCUGAAAAAGAAAAAUAUUUAGAAAUUGCUAAACAAAAUAAGUCUAAAGAAAGAAAAUGCUUUAAUGAAGAUAUUCAAGAACAAGAUAAUUUAACUGUUCCUUCAAUUCAAUCUAUUCCUUCAGUUCAUGAAUACCAACAACUCACCAAUUCUAUUGAUACAAUGAAUCCUGUUACACAAAUAAAUAAUGUAUCACCAUUAACUUCAUUGAAUCAAAUAAAUGAUACAAUGAAUAUUCCUUUUGUUCCACCAUCAAUGAAUAGUCCAUUAAUUCAUGAUAUGUAA